AUGGCCGACUCGCUAAGGAGGCUGGUGAACACAUCUUCCCUCAGCGUUAUGCAGGACAAACUUGAGUGCUGGUACAAGGACUACCAUGUAAGUCAUCAAUAAUUUAUUUAAACCCUAAAUCUGGUGGCUGAAAAGGAACCAACUAGGCCUAGAUAAGGCUACAAUUAUUAUUUAUAUGUAAUAGCCUAGUUGUCUAAAUAAUAGUAGUCUGUAAGAAAUAUGAUAUUGGUGUGGAAUUCAGUAGGCUAUUUAAUUAAUCACUUGUGUUCAAUCAAAUGUGUUCUUCCCUUGAUAACUUGUUUCGUCCUUAAAAUGUCUAUCCACACAUGUCUCUAAAAUAACUUCAUUAGCCUACUUGAUUAUGCCACACUUGAUUAGAUGUAGUCAAAGAUAUUAGAAUAAUUUGACGUUGGCAUGUUUGUUACACUGUAUCGCAAUGGAUUGAAACAAUGUAACAAUGUAACAGUAAAGGGAUUCACUUGUUUUGAUUACAUUGAUUUUGGAGUUUGGUUGCUAUGGACGCCAGUCGUCCUGGCAACCGUGAAACCAUUCAUUGUGACUUUGAAAGCAAGUGUUUCGAGUAAGCCCCUGGGAGCAUUUUGGUAGUAACCUGAAAGGCAUGUCCUGAUUGGACCAAUGCAUUAUCACAUACUCCAGAGACCAACUAGCGCAUUUGACUCACUAGAAAUCACAGAUAAUGUAUUUUAUAUGCACAUAUCCUAGAUUCAAUAUGAUUAUUAAAGAUAAUCACUAAUCAAUCAGCCAUGUGAAGUCUCCUAAAUUGACCCCGCAGCUGAGAUUACAUAAAUACAUGUUAUUCUUUAAAUCUAGAAUCCUUAGUUGCUACAUCUAUUUUUGGACUUAUACAUUAUUGAUCUAUACCCACUGAUUCAUGAACAAUAUAAAAGCCUCAUGAACUUAGUUCUACUGUCAAACCCAAAAUAUAAGCUUGUUUUACUCCAAUGUUUUUAAACAAUGUCAAUUUAAACAUGGUUAAAACUAUCAUUUUGAUAUCAUGGAUGGUCAGUCCUUGCAUCCAUACAGUGAGGGAAAAAAGUAUUUGAUCCCCUGCUGAUUUUGUACGUUUGCCCACUGACAAAGAAAUGAUCAUUAUAUAAUUUUAAUGGUAGGUUUAUUUGAACAGUGACAGAGACAGAAUAACAACAAAAUAAUCCAGAAAAACGCCUGUCAAAAAUGUUAUAAAUUGAUUUGCAUUUUAAUGAGGGAAAUAAGUAUUUGACCCCUCUGCAAAACAUGACUUAGUACUUGGUGGCAAAACCCUUGUUGGCAAUCACAGAGGUCAGAUGUUUCUUGUAGUUGGCCACCAGGUUUGCACACAUUUCAGGAGGUAUUUUGUCCCACUCCUCUUUGCAGAUCUUCUCCAAGUCAUUAAGGUUUCGAGGCUGACGUUUUUUGCAACUCGAACCUUCAGCUCCCUCCACAGAUUUUCUAUGGGAUUAAGGUCUGGAGACUGGCUAGGCCACUCCAGGACCUUAAUGUGCUUCUUCUUGAGCCACUCCUUUGUUGCCUUGGCCGUGUGUUUUGGGUCAUUGUCAUGCUGGAAUACCAAUCCACGACCCAUUUUCAAUGCCCUGGCUGAGGGAAGGAGGUUCUCACCCAAGAUUUGACGGUACAUGGCCCCGUCCAUCGUCCCUUUGAUGCGGUGAAGUUGUCCUGUCCCCUUAGCAGAAAAAUACCCCCAAAGCAUAAUGUUUCCACCUCCAUGUUUGACGGUGGGGAUGGUGUUCUUGAGGUCAUAGGCAGCAUUCCUCCUCCUCCAAAUACGGCGAGUUGAGUUGAUGCCAAAGAGCUCGAUUUUGGUCUCAUCUGACCACAACACUUUCACCCAGUUCUCCUCUGAAUUAUUCAGAUGUUCAUUGGCAAACUUCAGACGGGCAUGUAUAUGUGCUUUCUUGAGCAGGGGGACCUUGCGGACACUGCAGGAUUUCAGUCCUUCACGGUGUAGUGUGUUACCAAUUGUUUUCUUGGUGACUAUGGUCCCAGCUGCCUUGAGAUCAUUGACAAGAUCCUCCCAUGUAGUUCUGGGCUGAUUCCUCCCCGUUCUCAUGAUCAUUGCAACUCCACGAGGUGAGAUCUUGCAUGGAGCCCCAGGCAGAGGGAGAUUGACAGUUCUUUUGCGAAUAAUCACACCAACUGUUGUCACCUUCUCACCAAGCUGCUUGGCAAUGGUCUUGUAGCCCAUUCCAGCCUUGUGUAGGUCUACAAUCUUGUCCCUGACAUCAUUGGAGAGCUCUUUGGUCUUGGCCAUGGUGGAGAGUUUGGAAUCUGAUUGAUUGAUUGCUUCUGUGGACAGGUCUCUUUUAUACAGGUAACAAACUGAGAUUAGGAGCACUCCCUUUAAGAGUGUGCUCCUAAUCUCAGCUCGUUACCUGUAAAAAAGACACCUGGGAGCCAGAAAUCUUUCUGAUUGAGAGGGGGUCAAAUACUUAUUUCCCUCAUUAAAAUGCAAAUCAAUUUAUAACAUUUUUGACAUGCAUUUUUCUGGAUUUUUUUGUUGUUAUUCUGUCUCUCACUGUUCAAAUAAACCUACCAUUAAAAUUAUAGACUGAUCAUUUCUUUGUCAGUGGGCAAACGUACAAAAUCAGCAGGGGAUCAAAUACUUUUUUCCCUCACUGUAGCUCUGUCUAUGAAUUUGAGAGUGGUUACAUUUCUCCAGGCACAUCCCUCAGCUUUUUACGAAAAGAGGCGGGGCGACCGCUUUGUUAUUGUUUCGAUUAAGGACUAGCUUUAAAUAGUGUGUCCCGUUUGUGUUGGUUCAUUAUUCUCAACCCUGUUUGCCACCUUCCUAGGUCAUCUCCUGUGACCAGAAUCUGAACAGGUGCUGUGAGUUGGUGGAGCUCACCUCCAAGAUACAGGGACAACUCUUCACCAUCCUCAACCUCACUGCUAGAGAGGGUAUGUGUUUAAGCUUCUCCUCACAACUCUCCUCUCUUUUGCCUUACCCAAACAAUUGUCUGAUAAUGCCUCUGUCACGUUCGUUGUGUAAAGGAUCGGACAGCUGCCUCUGAUUGGGAACCACACCCGGCCAACAUAGAAAUAGAUAAACUAGAUUAUAUCCAAAUCACACCCUGACCUAACCAAACAGAGAAUACAGGUGAUCUCUAAGGUGCGGACUCCGGCCGCAAAAACCUGACUCAUUAGGGGAGGGUCCAGGUGGGCUUCCAGCCUCGGUGGUGGCUCCGGCUCCGGCUUCGGACGUGACGUAGGCAGUAAUUCAUCUCCCAUCCUGCCUCCCCGUUGCACGCCCGGUCCCGUCUGGACCCCGGCGAGAUGCUCCCCUUCUCAGUCCUCCCACGAUGCACCAAGCCCUGUCUGGACCCUGGUGUGGGAGCAAUCGACCCUGGAGAGGGGCUGAUGUCUGGUCCCGGCCCAGCAGUCCUCCCGCGAUGCACCAAGUCCUGUCUGGACCCUGGUGUAGGAGCCCCCGACCCUGGAGAGGAGCGGAUGGUUCCGGCAUGGGGGAAGAGUAGACGACCGGACCCGGACUGGGCACCGGUGAAGUGGACUGCCCCGGCUCUGGUAGGGAGCAGAUAACAGGAGCUGGACUAGGCACCGGUGGAGCGGACUGCUCUGGCACUGGAGUGAAGCAGCUGACCGGAGCUGGACUAGGGACCGGUGGAGCGGUCUGCUCUGGCACUGGAGUGGAGUGGCUGACCGGAGCUGGACUAGGCACCAGUGGAGCGGACUGCUCUGGCACAGGAGUGGAGCAGCUGACCGGAGCUGGACUUGGCACCGGUGGAGCGGACUGCUCUGGCACUGGAGUGGAGCAGCAGACCGGAGCUGGACUCUUUGGGCCAUGGAUCAUCACUGGUGGCUUCGUGCCAGUGUGGGGCGCUGGCACAGGACGCACUCGGCUGUGGACACGCACCACUGGUUUGGUGCGAGGAGUAGGUACAGGGCGCACGGGGCUGGCGACACGCACCACUGGUUUGGUGCGAGGAGCAGGUACGGGCCGUACAGGACUGGAGACACGCACCACAGGUUUGGUGCGAGGAACAGGUACGGGGCGCACCGGGCUGGCGACACGCACCACUGGUUUAGUGCGAGGAGCAGGCACGGGCCGUACCAGGCUAGGGACAUGCACCACUGGUUUGGUGCGAGGAGCAGGCACAACCCGUCCUGGCUGAACGCUCAUUUUAGCCCGGCAAGAGCGGGGCGCGGGCACCAAGCGCACCGGGCUGUGAAUGCGCACUGAAGAUACAGUGCGUUUCACAGCAUAACAGGUUGCCUGUAUGGUCCCACGCUCCUUAACGCGAGUGCGGGGAGUUGGCUCUACUCUGAAACCUGGCUCCGCCAGCCUCUGCUCUAAGGACUGCGUUCUCUUUUGCUGUAGGGUUAACUCCUCUCUCAGCUCCUCCUGUUGUCUGGCCAGCUCCUCUCUCUGUGCAUCCACUGACUCCUUCUCCCUGUGGGCCUCCUGCAGCACCUCCCUCUGAAGGGAGCUCUCCUGCUCUCUCUUAGCUAACAGCCCCCGUAAGGUAGUUAUCUCCUCUCUCAGAGUGCUGAGCUGCAUGUCUUGGAGGGCCUCUAUAAUAGCUGCCUCCUCUUCCUCCACAGUCAGCCCUUUCAGGGCCUCCUUCUGCUCCGUGUGUCCCCCAAUUUUUUUUUAUUGGGGCUGCCUCUCGUGCUUCCUUCGCGGUCGGCACCGUCGGCGUCGCCGUUGAUCCUCUCCUGCCUGGGCUUCUUCCUUCGCCCAGGGUCCUUUACCGGCUAAUAUCUCCUCCCAUGUCCAAAAUGUCUUCCCCACCUGUGUCCAGGGUGUCUGCUCCUCCUGGCCACGCUGCUUGGUCCGUUGGUGGUGGGAUCUUCUGUCAUGUUCGAUGUGUAAAGGAUCGGACCAAGGUGCAGCGUGGUAUGCGUACAUGUUUAAUAUUAUAAAUAAACACUUCACAACUGAACGUGAAGUUCUAAACGCUAACAGCAACAAGUCUAAACAGAAACAUAAUCAGAAACAAGAUCCCACAACAUAGGUAGGCAAAAUGGCUAAGUAUGAUCCCCAAUCAGAGACAACGAUCGACAGCUGCCUCUGAUUGGGAACCACACCCGGCCAACAUAGAAAUAGAUAAACUAGAUUCUAUCCAAAUCACACCCUGACCUAACCAAACAGAGAAUACAGGUGAUCUCUAAGGUCAGGGCGUGACAGCCUUUUUUUCUUUUGAGUCAGGUGGUCACUAUGCGGGAGUGGACGUGCUCAAAUCACGUCUGCUGCCAUGGCUGGGGACCUGCUUCUCCAUGGCAACCUCCUCUGUCACCAAUGACACAAGCCUCAACCUCAUUCAGGUGAAAUCAUCUGUGUUCUGUUAUGGUUGUACAGAGAUUAAAUUAUUCUUUAAGUACAAAUUAUUUAUAUUAACUUAUUUGUUCUAUUCUAUUCUGUCCUGUGACAUAUUGUGAAUAAGACAGUGAUAGUCAAGGCUAAAUGCUGUGUGUUGUCAUGCAGGAGUCUGUGGAGAAGGAAAGGAAGAUCAGGGAGCUGUCUGCCUCCCAUGAGAACGACAUGCAGAAGAUGGAGACUCAGCUGUGCUCCACUCGCCUGCAGCUGGAGUCUAUCAAACAGGAGUAAGUCUGCACUAAACAAAACAAUAUUUGUUAUUAAUCUAUACAAUGGACCUACUCAUUUCAAUCCGACCAAAUAAGUCUACACCAGGUAACGUAUGACUAACUUUCUGGUCUAAGUGUUAUUCACCUACUGGUAUGUUAAAUGGGUUUACAGACUGGCGGAUACUCAUCUGCAACUGGAUGACACCAAAAACAUGUCAGCCACAACUCUGCUGGCCACAGAGGAUGAGAUACUACAGCUGAAAGCAGAGUGAGUGAUACUGUACAUACUGUUAUACAGUUUUGUAAAAUGUUCAUGUGAGUAUUAGUUGUCCUCUUUGGCUUAUUGAUGUGUAUGUACUGAGGUUAUUAUUGUGUGUAUCUGUGUGUCAGAUUGCGUGCGGCCUGUGACCAGGUGGAGACCUACAAGAGGAAGCUGAAUAUUCUGGAUGACUAUGAGAGGCAGGGGCGUCUGCUGAGGGAUGAGGUGUCUUUCCUUACAGCAGAGAAGAGCAUGCUGCAAGAGAGGUGAGCAGGACACACACACACACACACACACGCACACACACGCACACACACACACACACACACACACACACACACACACACACACACACACACACACACACACACACAUACACACACACACACACGCACACACACACACACACACACACACGCACACACACGCACACACACACACACACACACACACACACACACACACACACACACACACACACACACACACACACACACACACACACACACACACACAGUAAAUCUAAUUUCAAUUUCUCUCCUCCUCCCACAAGAUGGCCCACAAUGUGUUGAAAAUACUGUAUUUCUUUUUACUUCCCUCUCUUUCCUCUUUUGCAUGAUAUUUUGAACACAUUCCUCUCCAACAUUCCCUCCACUCUCCCUUUGUAUCUCUGUCAGGUUGGUGAGGAGUCGUUCCCCCAGCCCCCUGCCCAGACGUCGCCACCACUCCAGCCCCCUGAGGAGUGAGUCUCCCACCCGGGCCCAGCUCACCAACUCGUCCCGCCACGCACGACUUGUGUCCCGCUUCAGUGACCUGUAUGCUGUGGAGCGCCUGGAGGCCCAGAGCCUGCUAAGACAAUACAUAGACGACCCGGAGAUGGUCCAGAUAAUCAUCUUCAUUGCCACUGUGGUAUGACAUCUGGACACCCUGUACAUAUGGAAUAAUGCUACAUACAGUACAACCUGUGAAUUUGAUAUGUCAGACCUGAGGUGUUGGUUUCUCUAUAAAUCUCCUAUUCCAUACAGUAUCUCUCAUCUCUAAUCUCCUGUGUGUGUGUGUGUGUUUAUCAGGAGGCCUUCCAGGCAGCCAAGCUGGCCUACCGCCAGUUCAAGCUGCGUGUGAGGAAGACCCUGUCUCCCUCCCACCUGGGGCCAGAGAUCCUGGAGGACUCAGUGGUGGACUACAUCGUCAGGAACCUGGACCUCUACGACGUGCAGGCCAGCAUUAAUGUAUGGGCUACACUUUUCUCUCUUACUGACAUAUUACAAAAACCUGGAAAUUCCAGUCACCUUUACAUUCCAAUUUCCUGAGUCUCAUGCACUGUAGUUCAUUGAGUGUUUGUUAAUAGGAGGUGUGUGUCUGAGUGUAUUGUAAUGUUGUUUCCUCUCCCAGGACGUGAUCAACGCCAUGAAUGUGAACCCACGGAUCUCCUUCCCUCCGGAGGUGGACUUUGUCCUAAUCAGCGGUUUCAUCAGGGAGACAUGCAGAGUGGCGUUUGCAAUGCAGACACUGGACCCUCCUCUGGACUUGGCCUUUACCAGCGACCGAGAACUCUACAGCGACAACAAGUCAGUCUGCAUCCAUUAACUUCAUGAAAUAACAAUAACAAGAUGAGAUAUAUCAUUUCUAUCCCUACCACUAGAUGUCACCCUUGUCACAUAUUUACACUCCUCUCUCCUUUUUCUGUCUCUCUCUCUCUCUCUCUCUCUCUCUCUCUCUCUCUCUCUCUCUCUCUCUCUCCUAUCUCUGCUUCUCGCUCUCUCUCUCUCUCUCCUCUCUCUCUCCUCUCUCUCUCUCUCUCUCUCUCUCUCUCUCUCUCUCUCUCUCUCUCUCUCUCUCCUCUCUCUCUCUCUCUCUCUCUCUCUCUCUUUGUCUCUCUCUGCCAGGUAUCGUCGUAGCUAUGACUCUGAGUUUACUGCUCCUCUGGUGGUGUACCAUGUGUGGCCAGCGCUGGUGGAGGGGGACUGUGUCAUAGUGAAGGGAGAGGCCGUCACCAGGAGAGGAGCUCUGGUACUGAUGCACCUUCAUUCCCUUCAAAAUAACUGUAGAAUCAUGGGCUUUGUUUUAGCAAUUAUACAUGAUCACAAUAGAAAAUAGAUGAUUGAUGUGGUUUCUCUGCUGUCUUCCAGUGGCGGAGCAGAAGCAGGAGCUACAGUCCUGUUCGUUCUCACUCUGGCAGCCCCACACGCACUCUCGUAAGUUACUACGACGACUGAGACCUAACACUCAAGAAUGUCACAAAUAUCAACAAACCCUUUGGAAGGUUGUUUAGAUAUGAUUUAUUGUCAUUCUUUGGGACAGCCCAGUGUUUUAUGAUGCACUAAAAUAGCAGCUGGGAAAGCUGUGCAUGUGUGAUUUAGUGUUAAACUUUUGUCUUACCACCAAAAUACAUACAUGCAUAUCCUGAGCCCUUAGGGUAAGUACGAAAACACCAGUAACUCCUAGACGUAGUAUUAGUGGGAGAUAGUAACUAAACCUCAAAUCCAAAGAUGCAAGAAAUGCUCAGUGUAACGGACAGCUUUUAUCUCCCUUCCAUCUCUCUCUCUCCCUCCCCCAUCUCUCUCAGGCCUUUAGCCACAGCAGAAGCCCCUCUCCUGGACGUCUCUCAGCCAGUCGCCUCUAAACCCUGA